AUGUUCACCUCCAUCAGAGCACGAUGGACACUACAAACGGUCUUGCUAGCCACCCAUGUGGUGGGACUUUUGCUCUUUUUGAAGGGAUUCUUCCCGUCCAAAGUGGUCCUCCCCGGCUUCAGCACCUUUGAAGGCGAAUCCCCCUUCGCCAUCACCACCCACAGCAAGCUAGGAUGGAAGUCCGAGCACAACAAGCCCCAGUUUGACCGCUUUAUCCUUAUGGUGGUCGACGCCAUGAGAUCGGACUUCUUCUAUUCACUGCACAACUCGGAAAUGAACUUCUUGCAUCAAUUGAUCAACGAUGGAAACGCGGUUCCGUUCACGGCAUUCUCCAAUCCUCCCACCGUCACGUUGCCCCGUUUGAAGGGUAUCACAACUGGAGGCACUCCCAGCUUCUUGGACGCGAUUUUGAACGUUGCUGACGAUAAAGAUCAAUCCCAAGGUUUGGGUACUCAAGACUCGUGGGUACACCAGUUUGUGAACCAGAAAGAUGAAAAGAAAAGGGUCAAUUUCUUCGGCGAUGAUACCUGGUUGAAGUUAUACCCUGAUAUGUUCCAGGAAACAGAAGGCACGAACUCGUUUUUCGUGAGCGAUUUCACCGAAGUCGACAACAACGUAACCAGACAUUUGGAUGAUCAAUUGACUGACUCGAAAUGGGAGGGUCUCAUCCUUCAUUAUCUUGGAUUGGAUCAUAUUGGACAUAAGGGAGGACCCAACUCAAUCUUUAUGAAACCUAAGCAAAGAGAAAUGGAUUCGAUAUUAAAGAGGUUGUACGAUUAUACCAAGGCAGCAGACGAUAAUGUUUUGAUAGUUUUAAUGGGGGAUCAUGGAAUGAAUGAAGUUGGUAAUCACGGGGGAUCUUCUGCCGGCGAGACCAGCGCUGGUCUCACGUUCAUCUCACCAAAAUUGCAAGGGGUUUCGCCAUCUGAAGUGAACGCACCUUUGUCCAAAGAUGACCAAUUUAACUAUUUCUCAAGAAUAAAUCAAAUUGAUAUGGUUCCAACGUUGGCUGCAUUGUUAAAUUUCCCAAUCCCCAAGAACAAUCUUGGAAUUGUGAUCCGGGAACUCCUUAGCCUCUGGACAAAUCAAUCACAACAGCGGUCAAUUUUAUGGGAAAAUUGCAAGCAAUUUAUGGAUUUGUUUACCGCUAAGUAUGGUCAAUCUGACGCCAGCUACCAAGAUAUUUACAAGACGUGGAAUAUUUUGCAAAAUGAUACAUCCUUAUCAUUGGAUUUAGAUUUGUAUUAUACAUUUUUAAGUCUGGUUCAAGGUAUCUUAGCUUCAUCUGCUACAAAUUAUAACUAUACCGAUAUAUAUCAGGGAUAUUUCUUAACUAUCUUAUCCGCUGUUAUUUUGAUAUUUUCGUUAAACCAUUAUUUCUUGAAGAGUUCUUCGAUACCAAAAAGCUUGGUUUUCUUUUAUCAAGCAUUGGCAUUCAUUUAUGCCAUUCAUUUUCAUGGAUCAUCUUUGAUUGAGGAGGAAUACCAAAUUUGGUGGUUUCUCGCGGUCACCUCCUGGGCAUUAUUGUUGUGUUUCAAUGCAAAAUCGUUAGAAAAGCAUGAUUACCUCUAUUAUAUUGCUUUGAUUGUGGGUGUGAGAUUUAUCAGAGCUUGGAAUAAUAGUGGACAAAAGUUUGUGGCAGACCUUACAAUUGGUUCAUACUUGUUGAAUAUCAACACCUCAUUAUUAUGGGCAUUGAUCAUGAUUACUUAUUUAUUGAUUUCUUCCUGUCUCUACAUGCAAGGAGGUUUUACUACGUGCUUUAACUUCUUGAAUAACGAUUACGGAAGACCAGAAACUCAAGUUGGCAACUUAGUAUCAUUUAUGUUGAUUUUUAUUACGAGUUCGGUUUCUUUUCUGUUCAAGUUGUGUCAAUUCUUUAAUGAUGGUCACCAUUUACCGGUGUGGAUUCAAUGGAUAUUCUCCUGGAUCCUCGAAAACUACGAUAUUCUUGUUACACCUGAUUCGAUAACAAAUACCGAUCACAAAUUCAAGUUGCAAGCUAUCAAUAUUCAAUUGGCUCAAGUCUCUGCAUAUUGCAUAUCUGGCUUAUUGGUAGCAAGAUUAAUAUUAGGGAAAGUACGCAAUACUAAUGAGGGGCUCGUCACAGACAUUCAAAACCUCGGAACCUUAUUCUUUCUUCAACAAACUAGAUUCGAGAAUAUUCCAAUAUUCAUUGCAUUCUUUAUUGUCAAAUUUGCAUUCACAAAAGUGCUAAUCCAACCUGGAAAUUUAAACAUCGAUCAAAUGAUUGUUGUGGUAUCCACUUUUAUCAUUUGUCUUCAAAACUUAUCCUUCUUCCUGAUGGGAAAUACAAACCUGUUGGCCACUGUUGACUUAUCUAAUGCAUACAAUGGAGUUAAGUCUUAUGAUGUUUUCUUGGUUGGGGUUAUGACGUUUGUUUCGAACUUUGCUGCACCUAUCUAUUGGUCUCUCUCCUCAAUUCAAAUUUUAUUUGAACCAUACGAGAUUCUUUUCAGUAAAAAGCAGGAAUCCAAAAAUCUAAUCAGAUUCAGUUUUCUCAAGAAAUCCAUACUUUUGGUAAAGUCAAAGGUCAUGUUGUUGUUUUAUGCUAUUGCGGUAGUUAGCUUGAUCGGUUCUUGUAUCAACUUGAGAUUCCACCUUUUUAUUUGGACAGUUUUCUCGCCUAAACUACUUUACUUUGCAAGCUGGUCUUUAUUGAUUAACUUUUUGGUGGACUUUUUAAUACUGAUUUUGGUUGUUUAUGUCGCAGACUAG